AUGGCAAGCACAAUGCCCUGGAUUAAGACCCUACUUCUUCUUUCUCUCUUCUGGCUACAGCUCCUCUGCGUCGACGGCUACUUUAUCGAUAAAUCCUGCAAAGACAUCGAGAACAAACUGAAAAUUUCCAUGCGCAAAGUACAGCAAUCGGCCGAUAGUGCCCUCCAGGAACUAAACAAGGACGAAAAUUCCGAUAUCCGAGAUCUUAGAAGGUGGUUCUUCCGUGACGGAGAUUUGCCCAAAGUGAAAAAUGUCUAUCAUUUCAUCCAAGAUUUAACACCAUUUGGCGAAACUAAGACUGCGAGGGUUACACCACCAACAAUCUACUGUAACCUCAAUCGAUUUACAGAGGUCCAUGAACGUCUUGGUGAUUCGCAAGAUGAUAGAUAUCUGAAGGACGACCAAGAUGGAACUACUCAGAUCUGGGACCAGGGGUAUGAAGGAUGCAAGGGUGGGACCACCGUGGCUUACACGAGCGCAUUCAAGAGCAACGGAAACAAUCACCUGAUCAUUCAACUAUGCCCGUGGUAUUUGGACCAGGUAACAACUGCGGAGUUCACAAACGCCGAUGGUACCCUGCCCAAAGUGCAGGGCCUGAGAAGUUACGAUCCUGAAAGAGAUUCUUCCGACGUCGACCCUGAUGCAGAUGUCUGGGCUAGCCGACUGGACUUUACUCUCUUGCACGAGUUGGUACAUGCUUUGCCAUUCGGAUAUAAUAUCAAGGGCGAUCCCGCGUAUGACUGGCACCCAUGCGUUGCGCUAGGGGAAGAAGAAGGAUGUAAUAAUCCAGAGUCGUAUGCGUUCUUUGCUUUGGGUGUGCGUAAAAUUAAGGAUGAAGGUCUCAAAUUCACCAAAGAGGGCAAGCUUGUGGCUGUAGCUAAGAAAACAGCAAAGAGGUUUCAACGGGCGAUUAUGAAGCUUUGGAAAGCAUGA